AUGGUUGACUUUCUCCUCGGUGCCAACCUAGUUGGAAUUGGAAUAGGUCCGGCUCUUGACCUUUUCAAGGAAGUUAAAGAAUUCUUAACUUCAAAUCCAUCUGAAAUUAUUACAUUAAUCUUAGAAGACAGUGUUGAGGCCCCUAAAGGACUAGCUAAACUUUUUGAUGCUGUGGGGUUGACACAAUACUUGUUCCCGUUGUCCAAAAUGCCUCAACAUGGUAGAGGCUGGCCAUCAGUUGAACACAUGGUUGUUAAUAAUCAAAGGCUUGUCGUCUUCACUUCAGCCAAAUCAAAGCAAGAAAGUGAAGGAAUUGCAUAUCAAUGGAACUUCAUGAUUGAAUAUAAAUAUGGAAGUGAGGGACUGCAAAUAGGGAGCUCUACUAAACAUGAGGGGUCAUUAAAACUAGACAACACAAGUAAAUCAUUGGUGCUCGUCAACUAUUCACCACUAAGUUUCACUUCAUGCGACGAAAUGAACAUUGAACAUCUUAUGAGCACACUUCGCACAAGUUAUACUGCAGCUGGCAACCGAUGGGCAAAUUUUAUUGCUAUUGAUUAUAAAAAGAGGAGUGACGGAGGAGGAGCAUUUCAAGCUGUAGACUUCGUAAAUGGGAUGCUAUUGUGCAUGUGUGAUGAUGUCAAUUCAUGCAAAGGAGGUGAAGAGAGAUUUCAAGUAUCUAUGGAUGAACUUUAAAGAUUUCAAGUAUUUAUGGAUGAACUUUAAAGUUGUGUUUCUAUUACAGAUAUGGGUAGGAAUUUAGAAAAGAAAAGGAAAAGAUAAAAUCUGAGUGAAAUAUAAGUAUAUUUUAUUCAUAUUUCAUCUAUUUUUUCUUUUUCUUUUUAAAAUCCUUACUUAAAUUCAUAAUUCAAAAUGCCUAAGUUGCUAAACUACUAGAGAUCCUAUAGCAUGCUAUGAAGACGAAUCAAUCUUGCAAAGUAGUCACUGUAAUGGUUCAUUGGUGUGCCUUAUGAUGGUAUUGUUUGGCUUAUUUUUUCCUACAAGGAAAUUUUAUAAAUGUAAGCAUAUUAGUAAGGAUUGAA